GAGAUGCGGUAGUAAAAUCAUUAAUGCCAUAACAUGUGGUGCGCAGUUUAAAUAGGAUUGACCCAGUCCUUCCGGAGAAGAGGUUUCUUGCAAGUUGCAACUUUGCAAGUGUAUGACUAGAGCAAGAAAUGCCGAGGAAGGGAAAUAAAGUGGAAGAUAUGAUGCUGUGGACGGUCCCGCGUAGGACCGGUCGGCUCCCGUCUUCCUUUUACCAUUUUCAUCUUCUUCCUUCCCUCUUCAUCUUCCACUCAACAAUGGCGCUGACCCCGGUGAGGAAGUUGGGUCCUGACUACAGAGACAUUAAGGUUGCUCUUCUCCUUGUGCUGCUUUUGUCUCCGGCGGUCUUUUGCGUUCCCAAUGAUGGGUUGGUGAGAAUUGGACUGAAAAAGAAGAAAUUAGAUCAAAUCAAUAGAUUUGACUCUAGGGAAGGGAGGACUUUGAGAGCUCCCAUGAGGAAGUAUUAUCUCCAUGGUAAUCUUGGGGAUACUGAGGACGCGAUUGUUGAACUGAAGAACUACAUGGAUGCUCAGUAUUUUGGAGAGGUUGGCGUUGGCACUCCUUCACAGACUUUCACUGUUAUAUUUGACACAGGAAGUUCCAAUCUUUGGGUGCCAUCAGCCAAGUGUUAUUUCUCUGUUGCUUGUUAUUUUCACUCCAAAUACAAGUCCAGCCAGUCCUCUACCUACCAAAAAAAUGGGACCUCUGCAGCAAUCCAUUAUGGAACUGGAUCAAUUUCAGGUUUCUUUAGUCAGGACAAUGUCAAAGUUGGUGAUCUGCUUGUUAAGAAUCAGGAUUUUAUUGAGGCAACAAGAGAGCCUGGCAUUACAUUCUUGGCUGCCAAAUUUGAUGGCAUACUUGGGCUUGGAUUUCAAGAGAUCUCUGUUGCAGAUGCUGUGCCUGUCUGGUACAAUGUGGUUAAUCAAGGCCUUGUUAAGGAACCAGUGUUUUCGUUUUGGUUAAACCGUAAUGUUGAAGGAGAAGAAGGAGGAGAACUUGUAUUUGGAGGUAUUGAUCCCAAUCAUUAUAAGGGGGAGCACACAUAUGUCCCUGUUACUCAGAAAGGGUAUUGGCAGUUUGAUAUGGGUGAUGUCCUAAUUGAUGGUGAAACAACUGGGUUUUGUUCCAGUGGUUGUUCAGCAAUUGCUGAUUCAGGAACUUCUUUGUUGGCUGGCCCAACGACUAUAAUUACUCAAAUUAAUCAUGCCAUUGGAGCCUCCGGCAUUGUAAGCCAAGAAUGCAAGACAGUGGUUGCACAAUAUGGAAAAACUAUACUGGAACUGUUGAUAGCUGAGACACAACCGCAAAAGAUCUGCUCUCAAAUUGGUUUCUGUUAUUUUGAUGGGACUCAAGGUGUCAGUCCAGGAAUUGAGACUGUGGUUGGUGAGAGCCCAGGCAAGGCAUCUGAUGGUCUCCAUGAUGCUGCAUGCACUGCUUGUGAGAUGGCAGUGGUAUGGAUGCAAAAUCAACUAAGGAAAAAUCAGACAGAGGAACAGAUCUUGGAUUAUGUGAAUCAGCUCUGUGAUAGACUACCCAAUCCGAAUGGAGAAUCAAUGGUUGAGUGUGGCAGUCUUUCCUCAAUGCCUAGUGUUUCAUUUACCAUAGGUGGUAAAGUAUAUGACCUUGUGCCAGAACAGGAGUAUUGGAGUUUUGGCAGUAAAAGGAUUUAUCAUGAUACACUUUAUAGAGUUGACUAGUGGAAAGAAUUCAUCCCUUUAAAGCAGCAUUGAGUUUCCUAUCACAUUGUUAUUGCCAUAAGCUGAGAAAAUUGUUUAUGCUUGAAGCAAUCUUGUUAGUUCCCUAAGUUGUAAUAGUUGCUAAACCAUGAUAGGAAUAAAACCGAGUCAUCUGAUGAAUUGGGUGAUUAAUAAAAGCAGCAACAUUUAAAAAUUCCAGAGCAAGGCAUUAGAACUGAAUUGACACAGAUAGCAACUUCUUAAGAAAAGAAGAGUUAGGGAGGAAUAAGUGCAUUUGUGACUAGAACCUGGAGUUGAAUAUAGAUGCCAACUUUUGCAAAGUUAUAAGUAGUGUGCAAAUGGUGUUGUUUAAGGUUUUGAUGUUAAUAUUUUUAUUAGUUUUCUCAUCAUGCUAAUAUUGUCUUCCUCUUCGCAACUACUGUUAUACUUGAUUGUUUUGUGUAUCAGUACGUUUUGAAAGUAGGAGAAGGAGUUGCAGCUCAAUGCAUCAGUGGAUUUACUGCAUUGGAUGUGCCACCUCCCCGUGGACCUCUCUGGAUCCUAGGAGAUGUGUUCAUGGGUGAGUAUCACACGGUAUUCAACUAUGGGGACUUGACGGUUGGAUUUGCUGAAGCAGCAUAAAUGAACUUCAUCGCAUGUUAUAAUCUGCAAGCCUCAACAGUAGAUCUCCGGUGCCAGCGUGUGGCAUUCAUGUAUAUAGAUACAUCUUGUUGUAAUGUCAAUGAAAAAUGAUAAACUUAUGCUAUAGAUAUGUACGUCAAGGGAACUUGUUUGUUGCCUGUAAAUUGAUAUGUUUAAUUAAUUUAGCUUUGAAGAUUAAGUUGACAUUUUUCUUUUUUGAUGCUAGUUAAAUUGAAAAUAAUAUAGGUAUUAUAAUUUU